AUAUCGAAUUAUUUGGUUUCUCUGUUAACGCAUUUUAUAGUUGCAUAAACAUAUUAAGUGUGGUAUUAUUUCUAUUAAUAGUGAAUUAAUUUUGUUGAAUUAAAAUGUUAUGUGUGAGAUUUGGUUGCAGGCAACGUAUUCCAAUUGUAUACUGCUCACUUUCUACGAAUACAAAUCGGGCUGAAAAUGUUAUUAAUAAAAACGAUAAUCGGUCUAGGCUUUUACCCCAACAUCGAAAUAUCUUAUUGGAUAUAGUGCCAUACAACGAACCUUGUUCUUGGGUGCAUUUGACUGAAAAGUAUAAAAGAAAAACAUUUGGUCGGUAUGGUUUAUCAUCAGGAGUUAAUCCUUGCGUUUGUUUCGAAAUGGAAGGAACAUCCAAAGGUCUGCAAAAAAGAAAUGAAAAACAUUUAUUGGACGAGAUGCUAUUAAAACUACAAAAUAACAUGUACAAAGAAAAUGAAGCUAUUAAAAAAAGAGAGAUGGAUAUUGCUGUUAAGUUGGAUAAAUUAGAGCAGUGGAAGCAGGAAAUGAAAAAUAAAAUUGCUAAAAAGGAAGCAGAUGCCUUAGCAGCAAAGAAGCAAAAACAAAGACUUAUCGAAGAAGUUCGAAGACAUUUUGGUUUUAAUGUAGACCCCCGGGACGACAGAUUCAAGGAAAUGCUAGAACAAAAAGAACGAGAAGAGAAAAAGAAACAAAAAGAAGCAAAACGGAAAGCCAAAGAAGAUAAAAUGAUGGCGAGAAUUGUGGGAAUUAGUUCGACUUAAGAUAAUUUAAUUUUGAAUAAUUUUAAUAGUAAUAAAUGGAUUAUAAAAACA